AGGGUCGAGCGCCGAACGUCGAAGAGUGACCGACUAUGGCAUACGAUAUUUUUUCGUUGAGAUAUCUGAACACGGUUGAACGAGAGAUAACCUCUAGGCCCGUUUCCAUUACGUAGGCUUGUCCCGAUCGACGCUGCUGCGCAGCGAUGGCUUCUGUUUCGGUUUGGGUCGAUGCCGAAGGGCACGAAAAGUAGAACGACGGUCACUUUUCACAAGAUGGCUCGACAUCGUCUAUGUAUUGCACAGACUUGGGCAAAUUUUAUCUCGAAUAAAUUUGCUUCCUCGCGAGGAAUCGUAGACAAUAUCGAUCUACCCGUGCUCAACGAGCGAGCAGUAUUUUUGGCAAGCCGUUGCUUCCCUUUAUAAUUUUUAGUAUUUUACAGAGAAUUAUUCCCGACAACUUGUUUGCCACAAGUCGAGUCACAGGCGAGUCUUUUAUUUUAGUAUACUUUUAGUUUCGUACAAAAUUUAAGAUUAUCCAAACUUUUUAUUAAACUGCAUUUUUUUAAUCGAUCGAUGCAUAGAACAUCGUAAGAGCUAGGUGGUAUUUUUAGACUUAUUAAUCUUGUCUCAAAUUCUCUUGUAAAAGUUUGCGAAGGUUUCUCUCUUUCUGGCAUGAUUUCGUUCGAUAUUUACAGAUAUCAAAUGGAAAACGAAUCGGCAUAGCGUUCGGCUUCUCGAGUGGAACUGUACCCUUCUCGAGCGAUACCGAAGAGAUACCGCAUGCUUCGAACUUCGAAAGAAGUACGCACUCGAGAAAAUUGGCGGGGAGGGUAUACAUGCUCCAAGUAGCCAGACGAUUCUACGUAACUGACCUACGGUAAAGGGAGAAUGCGCAGCGUUUGCUCGAAAACAAAGUCGAAAGUGGUACGCGGUAUGUGGUAAGAGCGAGUAGAAGGAGACCACGAAAAAUAUUGUCGCGCCCGCGCCACUAUAGGUAUGUCUGUAUUCCGUGGUGGAGCUGAUCGCAGCGCCACGUGUAUGCACGAGCAACGUUCGGUCUGCAAUUGACUUGUUUGAGUUUUUAAUUUCCAAUACAUAAAAAUUGAUUAACCGUUAUGCUAACACUAAUAUCGACGCACAAACGAUUCGGAAAGUUGCGUUUUAUUAUUAUUAUUCGCCUAGCAUACGAUUAAAAAUGAAAAGAAAAUUUGAUUAAAUAUCAUUCGAGCUAUUUCACCGCGUUACGCGUUGCACAAGUAUUUGCACAGACUGUUGCCAGAUCUAUGAUCGUAUUAUGCCUCAUGGUGCACGAAAGAUUCGUGUUUCCACACGUAGUUCCGAAUCAUACUAACGAUGCUAACGACUAAACUGGUGCGCGCUCUAUUGUCGUACACAGUAACACGUGUGCAGUUCCCCACCAUGUGGCCAUUGCUCCGGGAGGCGUGGCUUCGUGCUCCUGUCUGGCUAUCUGCCCGAACAGAGCAAAAACUGCUCUUGGGAGCGAGUUGCUCGGGCCUGCUCCGAGAGGUCGGUGGAAACGUGGAAACUAUCAACACUGCGGCGUUCAUUAAUUUCCACGUUAACGAAUGAAAAGUGUUAUCAGGAGUUCCAUUUAAGUUCGGAAUAACCGAUCUUUGAUAUCCUUAUAUAUUUAAGUGUGAAAAAACCGACAUUUCUCUCUAAUCAUGGAUGAACCAUCGACAUCUACACCGAAACGCCAUUUUAAACCUGCAUGGGAAGAAAUGUAUUUCUUCACCGAUCAUAGAGGAACACCGAAGUGCCUUAUCUGCCGCAAGGUAUUCAAUUCUUUGAAAAAGUACAAUCUCCAACGACAUUAUAACAGGUAUCACGCGAAAGAUUAUGGAGGAUAUUCGCGCGAGGAGCGAUUCGCGGAGGUGGACAGGCUAAAAUGCAAGCUGCUGGACAUAGAGGCGCUUUUACUCGAAGAGGAAGAAAAGUUACGGAGGAACGAGCCGGAAGUUCGAGCUAGCUACAAUAUCGCGUUAGAGAUCGCGAAAGCUGGACGGCCGUUUUCCGACGGAGAAUUCGUCAAGAGGUGUCUGCUGGCGACCACCGAACAAUUAUGGCCGGACGCUGUCCAAACGGUUCAGGAAGUGAACGUUUCCAGCCAGAGAAUCCGCAGCUGCAUUCGCGAGAUGGCCAACAACGUGACGCAACAGUUAAUCGCCAUCUCGAAGAAAUUCAUCGCGUUCUCGUUGGCCCUCGAUCAACUAACGAACGUGCUAGGCCCUUCGCAGUUAGUCGUCUUUAUACGCGGUGUGGACGACACGUUGACGGUCACGGAAGAACUGUUGGAGGUUUUCCCGCCGGGAGAGUCGACUAGAGGCGAAGAUAUCGUUUCCUGCGUGGAGGAGGCAAUCGAACAGAACAAUUUAGAUUGGUGCAAGCUGGUCGCGGUCGCCACAGAUGGCACGCCCGCCAUGGUAGACAACCAUUCUGGGUUCGUCGGUUGUCUCCAAUCGAAAUUACGAAACUUGGCGGUUCCUCAGGAGGUGGUCGCUAUACAUUCUAUUAUCCAUCAGGAAAGUUUGUGCGUCAAGUGUAUCCAGUUCAAUCAUGUCCUGUCCGUGGUCGUGCAAGCGAUCAAUUUCAUACGGGCACACGGAUUCAAGUGCUGGCAAUUUCGAUCGUUUUUAGAGGUCCUGGAGAACGAGUACGGUCAGCUGCCGUAUUACAUCGACGUCGAGUCGAUCGGCCGUGCAAAUAUAUUAGAAAAGUUUUACAAUCUCCGCACGGAUAUUCAUUUUCUAAUGGGCGUAGCGGGCUACGUGGUGCCGGAAUUGCAAGACGGCGAUUGGAUCGCCGACUUGUCCUUCAUGUGCGACAUUCUCCAGCAUCUCGGUAUACUGAACGAGUCGUUGCAAGAACAAGGGAAAACGAUUAUAAAUCUGUACGACUCGAUAGAAUCGUUCAAAUUGAAGUUAAAGUUUUGGAUAGAGCAGCUGGAGCGUAGAAACACGUAUCAUUUCACGAAAUUGUCGACGGUCAAUUCGGAGAUCAAGUUUGCCAAGUACAUCAAUGUUCUGAAGAAUCUUAGCGAAGAAUUCUCGUCGAGAUUCAACGAAAUCUCGAAAAUAGAGAACGAAUUCAACGUGAUAACCAUGCUGUUCUCCAUCGACUUGGAAUUGGUGCCGUCUCAUUUGCAAUUAGAGAUCAUCGAUUUGAGAUGCGACAGGAACUUGAGGCACGAGUUUACGAACAAAACGGAUAUACUAAGUUUUUACAGAAACUUUCCAAAGUCUAGGUUUCCCGGCUUGCACAUGUGCGCGGCUCGUUUGAUCGCCAUGUUUGGCUCCACGUACAUCUGCGAGAAGUUUUCUUCGGUAUCGAAGAAAACGGAGAACGCUUAUAAAUAUGUGAUAUCGGAUCACGACUUGAAAGACGUGAAAAACACCGUUAUUUUGGGCACGGUCGAAACUAUAGUACCGAAUAUAGUGGAGUCGAUCGAAAGGAACGUGCCCCCCGAACACAGCAUAUGCGUUAUAACCGACAGUUAAAUUAUUCCAACUACGAUAUAAUUUAUGCUAAUUUAUAUCCUUAUCACCAAGAUCUAUUUUCUUGUAUCGAUUCUUCGACAAGUUCGAAACGCGCAGAACGCUUCAAAGUCUCCGUUGUCGGAUUAGAUCCGAUUAAAACGUUGUUCGAAAUAAGAACGAGUACGCGUAAGGGUUAUUAAUAGGAAAAAAUACAUUUUCUCUAUUUCUGCUAUCAAAAAUGUCUCUGUAAACAAAAUACAGAUUGAUCCAAUCAUUACGGUGUUCAUAAAUUUAAUCUCGUUAAAGCUUCCGCUUGCUUUGUACCGGUCGAAACGCUUUUCUUAUUUAUUACCUGCUACGGACAAUCCUUCGGUCGCGCGGAUUUUUACGACGAUCACAGUACGGUCACCAAAAGUCACUACGCAAGGAGUGGGGAUAGGCGACGCGCAGUGGCGUAGAGCGUCUACCGAAUUAACAUUGUAAUUCCGAACUGCGACGGAGACGCGACACACAGUUGCAAAUGGUUUUACAACGUUCACCCGGUAGACGCUCCACGCAUGUGUAAUCGUGCGUGGUUAAAUUGCAUGCUUGCACCGGUCACCUGGCCAGCUAAAGGGUGUUGCUGUUGCACUGGGGACAAUAGGGACACCUUUCGGCGCUCCGAGUGGCUCCGACUUGGGGGUAUGCGAAAACUCGAAAAAAGUGAAAGCGAAUUUGACUCGAUUCAGUUGCGAAUCUACAUUAUGAAGCACUACGAAUUACCUUGUUCGUGACCAACAGUCGUUCGUCCACGGAUCGUUGAUAUCGCGGAUCCGUCUGCAAAAGUCCAAGAUGACGUUGUUGUUGUCUUGAGAAUGCAGUUCGAUAUAAACGAGCCAAUUUCAAUUCAAUUUUAGGUGGCACCGCUUCACCCGCACGAAGAACAGUUAACAACCAGUAUCUGAAAACGAGAGAUAAAGCAAUGCACAGAAUGUUCCCCAAAUUUCGGGAAUUCUGUAACGAACGGAUGUAAGAUCGAAUCUCGCUUUGCUAUUCGAUCGAUUCUGGUGCUUACGAUCAAUUUAGAUCGAUUAGAAUACUUCGUUCGAGUUUGACCGCUUAUAAUUUGUUUAUUAAGUAAUUUUUCCGCACCAAUCCACUCCCAAAAUCGUGGUCGAGACCCGCGGGCCAAGCGUAGUAUCGCGCACGGCCGCUAGAGCGCCGCGUUUCUCGCUAGAGAUUAGCGAUGCGCUCAGCUUCUCGCCGUGACCACCAGCUGGCCACGGCUCUCUAACGCGUUCUCGAUGCUGAAAGCAAUCGGGAGUGGGUAUAGAUACGGCCGAUUGACAAAGGCUCUGAAUUCCCUUUUUGUGGUCCUGUCGCGGUGUAAUUAUGCAUUUAAAUGAACUGCAUUUCCUCGUCGAACUCCUCAUCUAUUUGUAAGUCGCCUGCACUUUUCCUAUUAUUUUUUAUAUUCUUCUAAAUUUUAUAUAUGUAAAAGUGCUAAACAAUUGGUCGGUUUUUAUGUUCAAAUUACUCUACCACCAGGGUGUUAUCAACCCUUUACACUCGAAACUAUUUUAACUGUAAAUCUAAAAUAAUUUUUCUGACUUAUGGUAUUUUUAUUUCACAUGACAAAGUGCAUUUUAUGCACUUGAAAUUGACUCUUGCGACUCGCACAGCGAUUACGCUCUUGGCAAUGUUUUAAAUCUAAACUUUGUUAAUAUAAAAAUUAUCCUAGAAUGAAUGUGAUAUAACAAAUUUUAACGGUGCCUCGGAGUCAUCGCUCGAGUGCAAAGGGUUAACUUCUCGUAUGAUAUAAACAGAAAGAUAAGAACCUUGGUCCGGGAUCUUGCGUCACAAGAAUACCGAUAUUUUGAUUCUGAUCGUCGUCCAGUCUUGGCGUAGGCUCGAUGCACGUGGUACAUUUUGGAUCGUGGGAACUAGGACGACUUUCAGGUUUCGAAUCAUCGUCGUCUUUUCCUUCGGCAGGCAAGUAAAUUGUUACCGUAUGGAGAGCUGUCCUAGUUUCGUAAAAGGGUUGAUUCGAAUCCACCCACGGCGGAGCAUUUUCCGCGUCGGUCCAAAAGAAAUCUUGCAGAUGAACUCGGCGCCCUGGUAGAUGCUCGAUGACAAUUAUUUCGUCCUCUAAAAUCAGAAAUAUUUGUUUCUCUGUGAAUCGUGAAAUGCGGUUGAUGCAUGGAGAGCAAAAUAAGAUUCUAUGAAAAGAGGUAAUUGUUGCUUCGAAGAUGAAAUUUCGUUUUGAAGUAAAGUCUGUAUCAAAAUCUAGGAAUGCGAGUAAGUAAAAACACAAACAAAA